ACAGCAGAGAAUCAAACUGGAGGAGAGAGAAACACAAACUUCUGCUGCCGAGGUCCUCCUGCCUGAAAACAAGAAAAGGAGCAACGGUGCGACAGACGAGGAGGAACGAGGGAUGGGAGCGCAGGAAGAGGAGGAGGACGCGGCUCCUUCGGCGGGGAAGAAGCAACAGAAAACCUCCAAGGAGGUGUUUUUCUCCGUCCUGCCGGAUAAAUACGAACCUCUGAUCGAAGAGGCGGAGGAGGAGAGAGGGGAGACGCCGGAGGAGAGGAGGAAGAGGAAGGAGGAGAAGAAGAGGAGGAAGAAGAAGAAGUACAAGAAGUACAGGAAGAACGUCAGGAAGGCGCUGUGUUUCGGCUGGCGCUGUCUGAUGGCCGGCUUGCAGAGCAUGGCCUCUGCCUAUUCCACACCGCUCUCCGCUGCGUCCACGCUGGUGCCGGACGUUCGCCGAUCCACCGGCAGCAAGGCAUGAUGGGAUGGCGGGCCCCCGAGCGUGGACCCACAUUGCCUCGGGGCCCCCCGACCUGUUUGGCGAUCCGUCGACGAUGUGGACGGCAGCCAGGAGCAUGAAGACAUCUGUUUUUAGUCAAAUAAAGAAGCAUGAAUGAAGUCAAGUGUUUAACGCGCGAGGCUUUGCUGUUAUUUAUCAUUUGCUUUUUAAUUAAUGGCGCAAUUAUAAGGAUAAAGGAAUAUACUGAUUAGUGGAUGGCUAUGAAAUACUUAUUAAAAACAGGAAUAAAAGCUAAAAAAUCCCUCCAUAAAGCCAUUUUAGAUUCAAAUUAACUGUUUUUUGGCCGAUCUGAUUAACUGUGAUAUGUGUUUACCCGGAGUUAUUCAUAAUCUCUGUGUCUGUCUUAUAUUUUAUACUGUAGGAACUUUAAAUUCUUAUUGCUCUUAAUGAUUUGACUUCCUGGCUUCAGAAUAAAAGUAGCCAACUAUGACUAUAUUAACACAUGUACUGUAUUUUAGCAAAUAAAUUCACUUUUAAACUGUUUAAA